AUGCCAACACCUCACCUCUUCAGUUUGAAAACUCAAGAUCUUCCAGACACUAAAAACCAACAUCAAUCCAAUAUGAGAUUCGCAAUUCUCGCUACGGCAUUUGCUAUCGCUAGCGGCGUUGUUGCUAAAGAAUGCUGCUGCGUCCUUCAACCCGGCCACGUUUGCAAGUGUAUUGGACCAUUUGCCGAAAAUGUAGACUGCGCAGAGAACUGCCGGAUUCGAAACACCAUUACCUGUUAAGCCCUUUGAAAAAUUCGAAAACCUUGGAAAACAGCCUUAAAUGAGCUUCGACUACUAGGUUUUGCAUCUACAAGGGAUUUUCUUAAGAGAGAGAAGACAUAGGGAAAAGGGCACUAGCUACUGCAUACCUAUA